AUGCGAUCGCAUGCGCAAGUGGAACCAUUGGGUAUACAAAAACCAACCAAAAAAUCCCGGUAUUGGAACAUAACAUUCAAAGAAUGUUUAACUCUUUUGAUCGGCACCGCAAUUCCUGUCGCUAUUGGUAUCUAUGCAGCUGUUACAAAUGAACAGACACAGAAAUCAGCUAAACGUGCUGAAGAUAAACAACAAAGUAUUGCUGCUGAACGACGAAUGUUUGAAUUAAAUGAAACUGCUGAACGACGUAUAUUUGAUUUAAAAGAAGCUGCCGAACGGCGUGCAUUUGAUUUAAAACAAGCAGCUGAAGUCUAUCAGCAACAGCUCUACAAAAACUUUUUAGAUGCUAUGUAUACAUUACACAGAGAUGGUGAAUUAAAUGAUUCUGCGGAUCCGUGGCCAUUUGCAAAUGCACAUUAUCGUGGUGUACAUCGUGAAUUCGAUGCUAUUCGAAAAGCCCAAGCCUUAAUUUUUCUGAAGGAAAAGAAAUUGAUUGGUCGUGAAAACUGUACAACUGGAUGUGAACCGAAACUUGUCAAAGAUAUUAUUCGUCUGAAUGGAUUAGGUUUUGAUAAUUUGAAUCUAAGCAGUGAAACUGGUAAUCUCAGUCGGCUAGAUUUGAGCUGUGUUGUAUUCGAUCGAAUUUCAAUGAUAAAUAGCAUUUUUUCUUAUGCUAAUCUGAAUGGUGUAAUAUUUAGAAACUCACGAUUAAAUGGUGCAACAUUUAGAGAUAGCUCUUUAAAUUGUUCUAAAAUUAUCGAUACAGAAUUACACGGAACAAAUUUUUAUAAUUCAAAUUUAAAUGAUGCACUAUUUAAUAAUGUCGAUUUGUCGACAGCAGUAUUAACACAGACGCAAAUACAGGGGGCACACUUUGAGAAUGUAAUUUUGCCGAAUGGAACUAGAAUUUCGUCUACGACAACAAUGACGUCGAUAAUAACUGAAGAAAGAAAAACAACUGAAGCAACAACUGAAGCAACAACAGAAAUAAAGACAACUGAAGCAACAACAGAAAUAAAGACAACUGAAGCAACAACCAUAAAAAUAACAAGAGUUAUGCUCAAUAUUUCUGUGAAUGCCACAUGGUCAAAGAAUGGGACGACUAUUGCUGGAGGCAACGAAAGUGGCGGAGCUACCAAUCAACUCAAUGUCCCUCAUAGUCUCUCUGUUGAUGAUGAUCAAACAGUGUUUGUUGCUGACACGUGGAACCAUCGUAUCAUCCAAUGGAAGCAAGGUGCUACGGAUGGACAAGUUGUUGCUGGUGGCAAUGGCCAAGGAAAUCGAUUGGAUCAAUUGAAUGUACCAACUGAUGUAUUGAUCGACAAAGAGACGGAUAGUCUCAUUAUUUGCGAUCAAUACAAUCGACGAGUUGUACGAUGGUCUCGCCGCAAUGGCACCACACAAGGAGAAAUUCUUAUCACUAACAUCGGAUGCUGGGGAUUGGCUAUGGAUGAUCAGAAAUAUCUUUACAGUACUAACGGCGACAAAUAUGAAGUUAGACAAUAUCGCAUAGGAGAUGGAAAUGAAACUCUUGUUGAUGGUGGAAAUGGAACCAUCGUUGCCGGUGGAUAUGGCAACGGUUCUGGUCUAAAUCAAAUCCAUGGACUGACUUACAUCUGUGUUGAUCAGCAACAAAAUAUUUAUGUAGCAGAGGGCGGCAAUUCCCGUGUCACGAAAUGGAUGAAAGAUGCAAAAGAAGGUGUCGUUGUCGCUGGAGGCCAAGGAUAUGGGAGCGCCCCGACACAAUUAGGUACGCCUCGAGGAAUAUUCGUCGAUGCGUUGGGUACACUCUAUGUGGUAGACUUGAAUUAUGAUCGAGUGUCACGUUGGCCUCAAGGAGUGAAACAGAGCACUGUGAUUGCGGGUGGAAAUGGCCAAGGAGCAGGAGAAAAUCAGUUAUACUGGCCCACUGGAUUGUCCUUCGAUCAACAUGGUAAUCUUUAUGUUGCCGAUCGUAUAAAUCAUCGUAUUCAACGAUUUUCUCUUGAAUAG